AUGCCCAACCUACCACUACCUUCAAGGUCUCCCUUGCUUGGGUCGCGCAAAGCGUUGCGCGACCCCAGCCCUGCACCACCAACUCCUACACGCACCAGCUCCGCAUCUCCAUUUCCACCAUCCUCCUCUUCCUCCUUAGCAUCUUUCUCCGCAGCAGCUUCGUCCACGUCAAUACCAGGUCCAAGCACUCCGCUCCAUUCUCCUACCAGGCUCGCCGCUUCCGGCAAGGAGCUUUCCGAACAGUACGAGCUGCUCGAAAAGAUCGGUGCCGGCUCCUUUGGUACUGUCUACAAAGCCAUGCACAAGCAGUCGCGCCAGAUCGUUGCCAUCAAGCAAGUCGAUCUCGAAGACUCGGACGACGACAUUAGCGAGAUCCAACAGGAGAUCGCCCAUCUCGCUCAGUGCGACAGCCAAUGGGUCACACGCUACUACGGAAGCUUUGUAAAAGGCUACAAGCUCUGGAUCAUUAUGGAGUAUCUAGCAGGUGGAUCCUGUCUUGAUUUGCUCAAGGCCGGCUCCUUUUCCGAAGCGCACAUUGCCAUCAUCUGUCGCGAGCUCCUCCUCGGUCUCGAGUACCUCCACAAUGAAGGCAAGAUUCAUCGUGACAUCAAGGCCGCCAACGUGCUUCUCUCAGCAAGCGGCAAAGUCAAGCUCGCCGACUUUGGUGUUGCCGCACAGCUCUCCAACAACAAGUCAAGACGCAACACGUUUGUCGGUACGCCUUUCUGGAUGGCGCCCGAAGUCAUCCGUCAAGCCGGUUACGACUACAAGGCCGACAUCUGGUCCCUCGGUAUCACCGCCAUCGAAAUGGCCAAAGGCGAACCCCCGCUCGCCGAAUACCAUCCCAUGCGCGUUCUCUUUCUCAUCCCCAAAGCCAAGAGCCCCACGCUCCAAGGCAAUUUUUCUUCCGCCUUCAAGGACUUUGUCGAUCUCUGCCUCAUCAAGGAUCCCAAACAUCGUCCCUCCACCAAGGAGCUCCUCUCGCAUCGCUUUAUCAAGUACGCCAAAAAGACGCUCCUCCUCACCGAACUCAUCGAAAAGCAUCAAGAGUACAAGUCACGCGGCGCUACACGCGGUGGCGCCAUUGUCCGCGACCACCUGCGCGGCCUCAACCCAUCCGAGUCCACCAUUGGCGGCGCCACCGUGAUGAGCGAGUGGCAGUUUGAUACCAUGCGCUCCUCCAUGUCAACCUAUGACGAUCCGCACCCUGCUAACGCCGCAGAGCACCACAGCCACUUGGACGCCCAUCUACAUGUCUGGCCAAACUCGGGCCGUGCUCCACCUGCCACCAUGGACGAGCGCGCAGGCUACAACACGGUCCGAGGCGCACGCCCCGCUGGCCACCUCAUGGACGCUCUCGACAGCGCCAUGCAUACCCCUGUGCGUAACAAUACACUCCGCGCGCAUCGAGCUGCUAGAGCGGGCGAUCACGACGACAUUUCAGAUCUAUCCGCAGAGGCCUUUUCGAGCAGCGAUGCACUCAACCAUUCCUCCAGCACACCCGCUACCUCGACCGCCUCUGGUCCUACAACGCCAGCAGAAAAGGUACCCGACUCGGUCCACGUUGACGCGCUGACCGCCUCAUUCCAAGGCAUCAAGGCCUCGGAUGAUGCUGCUGCCAACCGCUAUCUUGCCGCCGGGCUUGGCAGAAAUGCGGCAGCCGCUUCCUCCACCUCUCAUCUGUCUCCACCAUCCGUGAGCGCUUUGGCGGCGAGCACGGUCGAUGUUUCCACCGCAGCUGCUACACUGGCAUCGGCUGAACCCGGUUCCACCGCUACUCUGCACAUCCGAUGUGCUCGCGACGGCAAGGCUUCCCCAAGCCACAGCAGAAACAACUCGGCGGCAUCCUCAUCUCGUUCCACAGAGACGCGCCCACGUCGAAGCAGUUGGAACGAGCGAAACGACAUCAACGGCACUGUGCUCAAGGAAGCCGAUGUGGCCAAUGGAUUAGAGACACUCCGACCAGUGCGCCGACUCGAUGCCACCGGCUCAGCCCAAGCCAGUCAGCAAUACAUGGCCAGCUUGCGCAGCGGUUCAGCUCCCUCCGGAUUGGACAAGUCGGGCGAACCUCUUGCAGCGGACCCAGGUUCACCGCAGCGAGCGUUGCGCCACUCGCGCUCGGCACUCGCAAGCUCUUCGAGCACCGCCCAGCCGCACGCCACUGCGGGCGAGAACCUGGUACGCGACGUCAUCUUGCCCGUCAUGGAUCGCGCCAAGCAGCAGGAGCUAGAUGCAGCCGAGGUGGAAGCGCUCAACAUGAUCUCGAAAGGCUUUCAAGAUCUCAGCAUGCUCAAUUCACGUCUGGCUUACUCGACCAUCGUCGAUCUGCUGCUUAGCAUCAACGACAACGAACAGGCACGCGAGAACCUUUCAACAACGUUUAGGCAAAAACUCUCGCGUCCUCAGGUCACCAAGUUGCAGCCGAUGCCGCCAGCCGAAGAGGCGUCUAGAUCGCCCAUCGCCGACUUGCUAUAUGGCAGGUGGCUAGAGGGUCUACGUACGCGAUGGAUGGGCUACUGA